GUCCUGUUAAAAACUCAAAGAGACAUUUAAUAAAUAGAACAUGUGUUUUUCUAUAACAUAUGUAAGAUCGGAGCUCUAUCCAUCCUGUGCGAAAAAUGCGCUGUACCAUGGUCUGAAACCCUGCGCCUAUUGAAUAUGUCCCCAGUGGGCUUGAAUCGGAGAGGAGCCAAUACAAGCGGAAGGGAGGCGUGUCUUCGCUCUUCCCCAAGACCUCCCAGAGCAGGUUGUUGCGUUUUGGCUCUAAAGCCUGGAGACCUCCGAAGUGCUCGUCAGUUUUCGAAGUAGGAGCCAUGGCGACAACAGCUCAGUAUAUUCCGAGGAAUAACUCCUUACCGUCUAACCCGCUCAUGCAUCCGGAUUCGGAUAGGAUGCAUCAGGGGACGACCUACAGAGAGGUGCAGAAAAUGAUGCACCACGAGUACUUGCAAGGGCUUGCGGCGACCAACACGGGACACCCGAUGAGCCUGACGCACCACCAGUGGCUGCCCACCUCCAACACCGACUGGUCCAGCGGCACCCACAUCGGACAGCAGGAGCACAAAGCCAGCGUGCAGGCGACCCGGGAGGACCUGAGCAGCGGCUUCCACCACAGAUCUCACCUGGUGCACCAGCAAACGCAGAGUAGCCACCAUGGUUCGUGGGCGCCAACCACGACGCACCACUUAUCCCCGCUGUCCCCAGCAUCAAACGGGCACCAGUCGCUGGUCUACUCCCAGCCUGGAUACACAAACCUCAACGCAAUGCUGAGUCCCCAGCCCGGUUCCCUGCACCAUGGCAUGCGGGACCCGCUCCACGACGAUUCGGGCAGCCACGACAACCAGAUGGAGUCGCCCCAGCAGGCGUUCAGCCACCACCAGGACCACUCGGACGAGGACGCACCCAGCUCCGACGAUCUGGAGCAGUUCGCCAAGCAGUUCAAGCAGCGGCGGAUCAAACUGGGCUUUACGCAGGCGGACGUGGGCUUGGCCUUAGGCACCCUGUAUGGAAACGUCUUUUCUCAGACCACAAUCUGCAGGUUUGAGGCGCUGCAGCUCAGCUUCAAGAACAUGUGCAAACUUAAGCCGCUCCUAAACAAGUGGCUGGAGGAGACAGACUCAAACACUGGCAGUCCCACCAAUUUGGACAAGAUUGCUGCGCAGGGCAGGAAACGAAAGAAGAGGACCUCCAUUGAAGUGGGGGUGAAAGGGGCGCUGGAAAAUCAUUUCUUAAAAUGCCCAAAGCCGUCUGCUCAUGAAAUCAGCACUUUAGCCGGCACUCUGCAGUUGGAAAAAGAGGUUGUCCGUGUUUGGUUUUGCAACAGAAGACAAAAAGAGAAAAGAAUGACACCAGUUGGGGUCCCUCACCCGAAUAUGGAGGACGUAUAUUCCCAAGCAGAGACCCCUCCUCUACACCGCACACUACAGAGUCCUGUACAGUGACUGUUUUCAUGAACAAUCCGAGCAUUUCCGCGGGGGGAUAGAAAAAGGGAAAAAGGGACUAUGGAGUUUACAGUAUUUAAGUUUGGCUUUUGUUUUCCUGAGAGAAAAAGAGACAUGGAAAAAAAGUUGAACAGAUGAGUUUUGCCCUUAGUAUUUCGGAGAUCGUCAUGUCCAGCAAAUAGAUGGCAAGAGGGGAAAAAUGUUAAGAUAAAAAAACAAAAAAAAAAAAAUCAAGAAAAAAAAGACAAAAAAAUCUUCGCUAUUACUGAUUCCGUGCGCAUUUAAAGUGAAACAAAGAUCUUUAUUUACCAAAAUUAUAUGGAGGAGAAGGCAUAUAAAGUAAAUUUGAUAUCCCAUGGCUGUUUCAAAUGGGGGAGUAAUUAAAUGUGGCAACUGAGGCCAUCUCCUCCUGGUGUACCAUGAACUGUUGGCGCUCACCAGAAUGAGGUGGCUGCCUGAAAAAUGAUCAACACUGGAGAUGAGUAGCCUACACUGAAUGAACAUUUUUGCUUUUUCAGGCUUAAACUGAUUAACCAGAUUUCUGAAUAUUAGUGUAUACUUUCUUUGUUAUAUUAAGUGUGAUGUUUUUGGUUUGGAAAUACUUUUAACUUCAGUGUCUCUCUAUGAUUUCUGUCAUUAUUUUUGCUAUAGGUACUGUAACUCAUCAGAGCAGCCUCUCAUUUUUCUCUUUACUCAGUGGGAGUUGAUGGUGGGAAAAGUGAUGGAAAUUAUGGCACCCGAAAACACACAUAAUUAAGGUCAGAUUUGUUUCAGAGGAAAAAAAUGUCCAAUGCAACAGGACGUUUAAGUUCUGACUGCAUGCCUUAAAACAUUUAAAGCUUUGCAGCUGACCACGUCGAAAUUUGCAAACAGCACUAGACGCUAAAAGGGAAAUUACAUUAAAAAAAAAAAGAAAAGGAAAAAAAUUAUUUUUUUUUGGGGGGGNGGGGGUUCCUUUUGUUCAAAUUAUUGUUUUCUUUGCAUGGAGCACUUAUUCUUUCGUUGAUAUUAUUAUUGCGAUUUUAUAUUUGUUGAUAAAAUUGUGAGUGGAGCUGAUCUCCAUAGGUUUAAACACACACACACACACACACACAGAAAAAAUCCCAUGUUUACAGGUUCCUGGUUAUCACCACAGAGCGCUGUCAGCUCACACUGCUUACUGCCUGUUAAUCCUAUUGUAUUCCAAACAUUUCAAGAGAGAUUGGUCAAAAAAUGAAAAGUAAUAAUAACUCAGGUAACUUCAGUGCCCCAUGUCGGAAUAUCACGCCUGUACAUGAUUUUAUUUUCCUCUUGUGUUUUUUUAGAUGUUUCAAUCUGGUUCACCGUUUUUUUUUUAUUUCCUUUGUCCCACAAAUCCACUGUAUUAUAUUAAAACGCUGGAUUCAGAGAAAAGAAAAUAAUAAUAAUAAUUCCAAAAAGGGGAAGCGAUGAAGGGACUUAACUUUAGAUCUAUUUAUUUUUUUCUGACCUGAAAGGAAAUCUGAAAAAUCUCAUGCGUUGUGUGUCAUUUCUCAAUGUUGGACCAGUCCAAAAGCCUACAGCAGUGCUAUUCAAUACAAAAUGAGGGAAACUUUGUUUUUUGUUUUUCAAGAAAAAAUAAUAGUUAAAAAGAAAAAAAGAUUUUAGAGAAAAUGUUGCCAGGAUUAUUUCCGAUAUGUAAAUAUGUCCAAUAUGUAAACUUGUAUUUGUUCUGAGAUAUUGUUUUGUUUUUGUUUCUUUCCGGGCAGUUUUGUACACUUACUAAUUCCAAGAAGAUAUUUUAAUAUGAUUUCAUUUAUGAAUCUGACCAUUUAUAUAUAUAUAUUUAUUUCUUAAACGUGUUUGGAGCUUUUUUGUUUAGCUCUGUUAAUGGUUAUGUUGCAGUGGAUUCCAGUAUGUUUUUCCUUUUUGUUUACUACAUUGGUUGUAUGUUGAUUGCUAAAUGUAGACUGCAAAGUCACAUUUAUAUUUAUGUUAUAGUAAUAUUUUAUUACUUACAUAAAACAUAUAUACAAGAAAUGGUCUUUUGUCUUCAUUAAGAUCCCAAAAAACCCUCUCGUCCUCUUUGUUGCUGUCUAUGAUUGUGGCAUCAUCAGCAGGCAAACAAGAUAAACAUGAUCAUAAAGUUUAAUGCUGUCCGGGGUGCUGAGCAUCGGGAAGUGGUCAGCACGCCAUGUGUUCACUUUAAAUAGCAGUGGUUCGUUAUGUAACAGGGGGUCGUUUAAAUCAAAAGCUGUGUACAUGUGCUGUUAAAGGGAAUAGACAACAGUAUUUUACCUCAGGCAUUCCCUGCUAAGUUCACACAGUCUCUGACGUUGUUCACAUCUUUGUGUAAUAAUCGCAGUAUUAAAUUGUGCAAUAUCAA